AUGUACACAGGACUGUCCCAAUUCUACUUGAACAGUUUCCUCGCCGCCGCAAGCCUCGCUGUCAACGCCGGCGUUGCCGCCCUCGGAUACGACCCCCUCGUCGUCGUCUGCAGCGCAGGAAACCCAGAUGUCCAACUCGCCCGCGCUAGUUCAAGUCAUACCGUCUACGAACCUUCUGCAACUUUAUCUUCAGAAUCUUCUUCAAUCGUCCCGUCUUCUACUUCAGCUCCCUCGUUUAAUCCUCCACCGCCUUCAUCUUCUGACCCUCUCCCCCCGUCUUCCACGCCCUAUACGCCCCCCUACACGCCACCAGAGACUUCAUCUACACCAUACACGCCGCCCUAUACUCCUCCUGUUACGCCCUCGUCUACGCGCCCAUAUUCGUCCCCUCCACUUCCACCGUUUACGCCCUCGUCGUCUCCCUACUCUCCCUGGUCCUAUGAUCCACCGAUAAUGUCCUCUGACACGCUUUCCAUCAGCGUCUCAAUAUCUGUACAGCCGCCGUAUACUCCCUCAUCUUCCUCCUCUUCGACCCCGGCACCUACCGGUCCUACUUCGACUCUGACCACAAUGUCCACCCCUCAGCCACCGCCAUCGUCUUCAUCAAGCACCGGUUCAUCCUCCAGUGCCUCUACCAGCGGCGGCGGUGGUUUGGAUACUGUGACGUCUACGAGUUCGAGUGCAUCGAGUAGCAGUCCCAGCAGCAGCAGUCCAGACAGCUCAAGCAACCCGAGCAGCUCAAGUAGCUCGAGUACUCCCACUUCAUCAAGCUCGAGUAGUGGAGGCGGUCUGGACACGGUCACGACCACCAGCGCUAGUUCAAGCUCGUCGCCGAGCGAUACCGGUGGCUCAAGUCCGUCCUCUUCCUCUUCAACGCGUACAAGUACACGUAGUGAUAAUGAUCCCCCAGCUCCGAGCUCUUCUCCAGGCAGCACUCCUCAAAAUGACAGUGUCACCCAGACGCGCACACCCACCACGACUUUUUCGACGCCCGUGUCGCUGACAAUGACAAACUCGCAGGGCUCUGUUUUUGUCACUUCACCAUCUGAAAUCACGACUGUUGUCGUCACCACUGUCCCCAAUGGCUCAUUUACGACUCUGACGGAGAUUAUUGCGAACCCACCAGGCGUGUUAAACUCGGGAGAUCGUUCGCCUGCGAGCACCUUCUUCAAGAACCGUGGUGCGGUUGCGGGCGUAUUUGUCACGGCGGCCCUGGCACUCUGUGCAAUGAUUCUAUUCGUUGUUUUCGCGCUUCGACGUCGACGUCAGCGGCUUCAACGCGAACGAGACGCGGAGAUUGCAGCUGGCCUCGCCGCUGCAGCCCAACGGUUCACCGACGACGGAGACCACCCAGUGGUCAUGCGUUCCGUGCCGUCUUCACGCUUGGCAAUGCGUCGAAGUCCAUUACCAGAUGAUGAAGACGAUGACGAGCGAAUAGUCUAUAGUUCGACAGGGGCCCCCAUUAUGUAUUCGAACCCACACAUGAUGCCGAUGGCCAUCACCCGCGAUACGGCCUAUCCAGUUUCGCCUGCGAGGUAUGGUGCCCUCGGAGGCGGAGCGAAUCGAUCUCGCACGCCCAGCCCUUCCAAGGAUCCGUUUGCCAAUCCAAUUGCGAUUAUCGAGCCCGCCUCGCCCGUGGCAAACGCCAACUCUGGUUGGUCCUCGCACGGUGGAUUCCAUGGACAACGUUCGCAGAGUGUUUCACCUGUGCCGACGAUGAGUGCACCAGCCUCGGCCCACCACGGCACAAACUUUGGCGCGGCAACAUCGAUAGGGCACGCGCCGUCAUCGUAUCACACCGUUCCUCCCUAUCGACCCCCAACUGCCUCGUCGGGGAAAGAUGGAUCUAGUGGGAGUGGAGGGUCCACCUCUGUGCCUGGUACGAUCCAACCACCGGUGCCGACAACGUCGCGUUCAAACCUGGACCGCUCGAGCUCGCCUGCGCUUUCGAGCAUGUAUCCACCCGAGUAUGAACAGUUUGCGAGCGUGGAGAAUGGAAGUGGAAACGAAGUUGGAUACGCGUACGAGCCCGAGCCCGUGCAACACUCGCGACAGAUUACUGCUGGAUUGUCGGUGCUGGCUCCUGCUGGAUUCGACCAGUCUUCGUUACCGGUGGUCCGACUGUCGAAUGAUGAUGAUGCGUAUUCGGGUAUACGGUCGCCACUUUCUGGUGCUGACCUUGGGCGGACGGCGUCGGUCGGAUCGCGGUCAAUGUAUUCGCAGGAUGCGAGUGCAGAGUGGGAUGAACAUGAACGGAUGCCCAGGGAGGACCCGCGGCUUGACCCGCUCAUGCGAAUGCAUGGUGGACUCGUGAGCGCUGCUAGCAUGGGUCAGACGGACCACCUCGACUACAUGAGGCGAGUACAGCCCCAGGCGCUCAACUCGCCGAGCACCCUGUCGCAUUCACAGUCCACGCACUAA